AUGGCUUGUACUCGUCCGUUAGUGUCGGUGUACACUGAAAAGGGAGAGGUCUCUGGUAAAAAUGUUACCAUGCCUGCUAUAUUCAAGGCUCCGAUUCGCCCAGAUAUUGUGAAUUUUGUUCACACUAACCUGCGGAAGAACAGCCGGCAGCCCUAUGCCGUCAGUGAACUAGCAGGGCAUCAAACCAGUGCUGAAUCCUGGGGUACUGGAAGAGCGGUUGCUCGUAUUCCAAGGGUUCGCGGUGGUGGAACCCAUCGAUCUGGCCAGGGUGCUUUUGGCAAUAUGUGUCGAGGAGGCCGCAUGUUUGCCCCAACCAAGACUUGGAGGCGCUGGCACCGUCGGGUGAACGUCACUCAGAAACGCUAUGCCAUCUGCUCUGCUCUGGCAGCUUCGGCCCUUCCAGCUCUAGUUUUGUCUAAAGGUCACCGCAUUGAAGAGAUUCCAGAACUUCCUCUGGUGGUUGAGGAUAAAGUUGAAGGCUACAAGAAAACUAAGGAAGCUGUUCUACUGCUGAAAAAGCUGAAGGCUUGGAAUGAUAUCAAAAAGGUCUAUGCCUCUCAGCGUAUGCGUGCAGGUAAGGGUAAAAUGAGGAACCGCCGUCGCAUCCAGCGCAGGGGACCGUGCAUCAUCUACAGUGAAGACAAUGGCAUCAUAAAAGCAUUCAGGAAUAUUCCAGGAAUUACUCUUCUCAAUGUCAGCAAGUUGAACCUUUUGAGACUUGCCCCUGGGGGCCACGUGGGACGUUUCUGCAUUUGGACUGAAAGCGCUUUCCGCAAGUUGGAUGAUUUGUAUGGCACCUGGCGCAAGCCAGCUACCCUGAAAAGCAACUACAACCUGCCGAUGCAUAAGAUGACCAAUACUGAUCUUGGAAGGAUCCUAAAAAGCCAAGAGAUACAAAAGGCCCUACGUCCACCAAAGAAGAAG